AAUAACCGCUGUGUCUUUGAGUCGUGGGUGUGCGACGCUCAGGACGACUGCGGUGACGGCAGCGAUGAGGAGAGUUGUCCUGUCAUCGUUCCCACCAGAGUCAUCACCGCCGCCGUCAUCGGCAGCCUCAUCUGUGGCCUCCUAUUGGUCAUCGCCCUCGGCUGCACCUGCAAACUCUACUCACUGCGCAUGUUUGAACGCAGGUCAUUUGAGACCCAGCUGUCCAGAGUGGAGGCAGAACUACUGAGGAGGGAAGCUCCGCCUUCUUAUGGACAGCUAAUCGCCCAGGGAUUGAUCCCACCUGUGGAGGAUUUCCCAGUGUGCUCUGGGAGCCAGGCUUCCGUCCUGGAAAACCUUCGCCUAGCUGUCCGCUCUCAGCUCGGCUUCACCUCCCUGAGACUCCCCUCCUCCGGUCGUCAUAGCAACCUGUGGCGCCGUCUGUUCACCUUCUCGCGUUCCCGACGAUCGGGUUCUUUGGCUCUGGUCUCUGCUGACCUUGAGGACAGCGCCGGCACUGGGAGCACUGGGAGUUCUGGUUCAGACCUGCUUUCUCCUGACUCGGACGACACAGACACGGAAGGCGAGCGAGGGAGGGAGCGUGGCAUGGGCGCAGUGGGCGGGCCCGUCGCCCCCCUCCCCCAGAAGACUCCGCCCUCCACCGGUGUGGAGGCCGUGGUAUCCAUGACAACUUCAGCGACCUCCCUUACCCCGACCGCCGGCUGCGACAGAGGCCGCGACAGGCCCAGAGAGGCCCCUCCCCCUUCCAGUUCGGUUGCCGUGGUAACCUCCAGUCCAGAUCCUGAAUGUCGCAGUGACCCCUCACAGCUCCAGGCUCCGCCCACCUCUGCCCUGCAGCGACUGGCUCGGAACCUGCACCGACUUGCCAGGAACCUGACUAGAACCAGCCAGAACCAGCAGGACCAGACCUGGACCAAUCACAGUCCACUUCGCCAGCUGGAGACAGGAAGAGGUGGGAUGGAGGCCGCCGAGCGGCGAGGAAGCAGAGAAGAAGAAGAAGACGUGGAGCUCCUCAUCCCCGUCUCCGACUCUGACUCCUCCUCCUCCGCCUCCUCGGUCAGCGACGUCCGACAGCCGCUGCUGGAGCCACACCCCUCCUCUACCACGGGCCACGCCUCCCGCCAUCACCGUGGCAACGGUUGUCGGGGAGGGCGGGACGGGCCCUGUGAACACUGCGGGAUGGUGCACACGGCUCACAUCCCCGACGCCUGUCUGGAGGCCACCGGCAAAACAGAGAGCAGCGACGACGAGCUGCUGCUGCUCUGCUAACACUCUAACCUGCUAAUACUACGCUAACAUGCUAACAGAUUAG